AAACGUCUACCCACCAUUUGCAGGGGCAGCAACCGCCCUGCAGAACUAUUGAGGGUAUGCUGGCUUGAAGUGAGCGGUAGUGUCCCCAUAGGCAGCGUACCACCUGGAACCAAGUACAGAAUUACCUUCCAAAUAUCCUUGAAAUCCGAUGCAUUUGGAUGGAAUGACUCUCCCGUUUAUGUGAUGGCUAAGUUUGGGAAGGAAGGAAAGUACAGUUGGAAGAAAAUAUCGCUGCAAGCUCACUAUUCACAGCCAACCAGUAUCCCCUCAACUGAGGGCCUAGAGAUUGAAACCGAAGAUGCAAAUGAUACCAUUUACUUUGGCCUAUAUGAUAUAUGGACUGGGCACUGGAAGGGAGGAUUACAACUUCAUAAUGUCACGGUUGAACAAAUCAAUAAUAUACAGUAAUGGGCGGCAGUACCCAGAAAGCAAAUCAAUAAU